UCACCUCACUACCCAUUGUAGCCUUAACAAGCCUACCCAUUUAGGUAGACGCGUUUUGGUGUCUAAAGAAAAUCAAAUUUGAAGAGUAAAUUAAGCCAAUGUCCCAUGUACAUUGAUGAUGCAGCUUUUGUUCGACAUACGCGCGGCCCCUGCAUUUGAUUCCCUAACUCGUCCUUAUCGAUUCGUAUUUGUUACUAAGAACAGAGCAUAUGUACUUACGUACCUCUAAUCGAGCUCCAAACUCCAAUUGAGGACACCUUUUUGAACUCCAAAGCUUCCAGUUGGUGACCUAGCGUAUACCUGGCGUAUCUGGUACCUAACGUCGACAUUAUUCCCAAUCGUCAAGUGUGCGUAAGCACGACCUUCUCAAAACCAGACCGUCUCUCCUUUAUGAGGUCUUCAGAAGAAUAUCGUCAAAAUGCGCUGGCUAUCUCUCCUCUUCUCGGUCACCCUUCCUUUCGGGUCGCUCGCUGCCAAGCAAUCAUCCUCAGUCGAUCGAUUCAGUGAAUUCCAUGCUAAAGCUCAAGCUUCUUCCCCAUUGAAGCUUGCUGACUCGUCCUACAAAAAGCUCACAUCAGUUCCGCGGGACUAUUCGGUUGCCGUACUCUUGACUGCUUUAGAUGCGCGCUUUGGUUGUCAGCUCUGCACAGACUUCCAACCCGAGUGGGAGGUGCUAGCAAAGAGUUGGACCAAGGGUGAUAAAGAUGGCGAAUCUCGUUUGAUCUUCGGUACCCUUGACUUCUCCAACGGAAGGGAUACUUUCAUAUCUCUCGGCCUUCAAUCAGCACCUGUACUUCUCCUUUUCCAGCCCACGACUGGUACACAUGCUGUCCCUACUGUCGAAGCUAUUCGCUAUGAUUUCACUGGGCCUCAAACUGCUGAGAAAGUUCACGAAUGGCUUGCUCGCCAUCUCCCUGAUCGUCCUCACCCGCCGGUGAGCCGGCCAAUUAAUUACAUCGGGUGGAUCGUAACAAUCGUCAGUAGCCUAGGCGUUAUUGGCGUUGUUUUCAACGCUUGGCCGUAUAUAUUGCCCGUCAUUCAGAAUCGAAACGUCUGGGCAGGCCUGAGCUUGAUCGGCAUUCUUAUGUUCACCAGUGGUCACAUGUUCAACCAGAUUCGAAAGGUACCAUAUGUCGCCGGCGAUGGACGUGGCGGCAUCAACUACUUCGCUGCCGGAUUCCAAAGCCAAUUUGGACUCGAAACACAAAUUGUUGCUUUCAUAUAUGGUGUAUUAUCUUUUGCUACAAUCUCCCUAGCCGUCAAAGCACCGAGGACUCGAGACCCAAAGAUCCAGCAACUCACUGUUGUUGUUUGGGGUGUUAUUAUGGUCCUUAUGUACAGCUUCCUACUCUCUGUCUUUCGGAUUAAGAAUGGCGGCUACCCCAUCAAGCUUCCACCAUUCAUGUGAAGGUCCACGCAAUAGUACCUAUUAAGAGUGAAGAGGGGUCGACUCAGUUCGACAGAAAAGGAGACGGUCAUUACCAUGCAGUAUAAAUCUACCCGCCUAGUGUGUGUAAAUUAUGGGAUUCAGUAGGGAAUCCUUAAAAGUUAAAGACUCAGACCGAAAUGAAACGAAUGAAUACCUAGCUAACAUUUAUACGAUCACCGUGCUAUGUUUCAAACUAGAAUUCCAGACCAUAUUGUGGCCGCUAUGCUUUCUAUGUCGAAGAAAGUGUGCUCAUUAAAGAAUUAAAGAAUUAAAAUCGGUAGAGUGAGUUCUCGACUUAGAUUUGAAUUGGGGAGGCUUGAGCCACUUGAUUGCCAAGAGGACCCUUAAGGCUCAGCUUUAUUCAGCUUACCUUAGGUACAAUAGCUGUUAUUGUCGUAGCUCAUUUCUAUAAUAAAAUAUACGAAACUUGUAUUUUACAGAAUCACGGUUGGAUGAUGAGUAAUUCGUUAUCUUACUGACCGUGUAAGUCAUUGAUGCCUAGUUUAAAGUUUAAGAGCGAAG